CGCACCCUGAGCUCUGCUGGUCAGUUAGCUCCGGUUGUAAACAGAAACGGUUUCGGGAAACGGAGCUAAACUCCGGAUGACUCCGACCAGAACCCGGACAGACCACUACAAAAGCAUAAUGCACUGAGUGAACAUCAUCAGACUGUAGGUUCACAAAGGAGGGACCACAACAACCACUGGAUUUUCUUCACAGUCAGGCAACAAGCUCCUCUCCGGUGUCCAAAAUGACCACCCUCGAGGAUGCUGACAUGCACACCUUCGGCCCUGAGCUGCCCGCCAUGUUUGACGGAGUGAAGUUAGCAGCGGUGGCGACUGUCCUCUACAUCAUCGUCCGCUGUCUGAACCUGAAGAGUCCCACGGCACCGCCAGAUAUCACCUAUCAGGACACACCGCUCAGCCGCUACCUGUUCAAGUCCUGCCCACUGCUGACCAAAGAAUACAUUCCUCCCUUGCUGUGGGGUAAGAGCGGUCACCUCCAGACGGCUCUGUACGGCAAGAUGGGACGCGUCAACACCCCGACUCCCUGCGGGGUCCGAAAGCUCCUCCCGAUGCAUGACGGAGCCACAGCGAGCUUUGACGUCUUUGAAGCACUCGGAGAACACAGCACAGGAGAUGAUAUCACCAUGGUAAUCUGUCCUGGGAUCGGUAACCACAGUGAGAAGAACUACAUCCGGACCUUUGUGGAUUACUCCCAGCGACACGGUUACCGCUGUGCCGUCCUCAACCACCUGGGAGCCCUGCCCAACAUGGAGCUCACCUCACCUCGCAUGUUUACCUACGGAUGUACUUGGGAGUAUGCAGCCAUGGUGGGAUACAUCAAACGAGCCUUUCCACAGACAAUGCUGGUGGUAGUGGGCUUCAGUCUGGGGGGGAACAUCGUCUGUAAGUUCCUCGGUGAGAACCGAUCCAACCAGGACCGAGUGCUCUGCUGUGUCAGCGUGUGUCAAGGAUACAGCGCCCUCAGAGCCCAGGAAACAUUCCUUCAGUGGGAUCAGUGUCGGAGAUUAUACAACUUUGUGUUGGCAGACAACAUGAAGAAGCUCAUCCUGUCUCACAGGAACAGUUUGCUAGGACUGAACUCCAGCAACAUCGGAGAUGCAGACCUGGGCCGUCUUUAUGCAGCCACAUCUCUGAUGCAGAUCGAUGACAGCAUCAUGAGAAAAUUUCAUGGAUACACUUCCUUGAAGGAGUACUACGAGAGUGAGAGCUGCGUCCAUCACAUCCACAAAGUCACUGUUCCUCUCCUCCUGGUUAACUCCUCAGACGAUCCGCUGGUUCAUCAGUCUCUUCUGGCUAUUCCACGCACCCUUGCAGAAAAGAUGUCUAACGUGAUAUUCGUGCUGACCCAACAUGGCGGCCACCUGGGCUUCUUUGAGGGGGCCGUGCUGUUCCCUCAGCCGCUCACCUGGAUGGACAAGGUCAUCGUCGAGUAUACGGACGCCAUCUGCCAGUGGGAGAAGAAGCGACCAGCCUGUCAGAGGAGCAGCCAUGCGGGUAUUGACUCCUGCUUGCAGAGCACAGGAGCGACACCCAGUGGGUAGCAAACAUAGCCUCUGCACUCAUGUUGGAUACGACUCAGUGACAUCCUGAAUCCACCCAGCUUUUCUAUUGAAUCAGCAGAUUUAACACAACUUUAAUGCCCUUUAACUUUGACCAGUAACACCACUUCUGUGUCUCUAUGUGCAAUAUGUCCUAACUGUUAAACAUGGACAGCUUAGCCUGCACUUUACUCUCUGUAGACUUCCUGUUUCUCUGCUUAGCACUGUUGUAUAUGUCGACAAUGUUACAUUUACAAUUGUGUGUUGUUGUGAUGUGGUGGCAAGCCAUGUCCGAUGUCUUUUAAUGCCAUUAUUAAUAAAUGUUUUUCACAUA